CAUGGCCAUCCCCCCCCAUGACAGCAUGGAGUGGACCUCAAAGGGCCAGUUCGUGAAGGCGAGCCCUCACGAGCGCCUCUUCUCUGACGUCUCGAUCAGGCCUGGCGGCGGCGUGGGGGAGCCGUGGUAUGGUCGUGUCCUGGUGCUUUUCCAUUACCAGGAUGGGGAGGUGGAGAAGCGCGGGGCGUUCAUCCAGUACUACACCGAGGCGCAGAAGCCUUGCCCCAUCACCAGGUGCAAGCGCCUGACGCCAACCUUGGGCAUCGACAACUAUGCCGUUGUGGACGUGGACAGCAUCCUGAGCCUUGCACAUAGGUUGACAAUUGAGUGACUCGUACUGAGCAUGAUACUUUUAG